GAAAGGGGCGGUAGGAAGGGAAAUAAUAAAAAGUAGCCAACAGAAACGGAAGAAGGGAGAUUAUUCUUGAUGGCCGUCUGCAAUCUUCAGCGGACGUGGCUGUGAUGUCACCAAGUCUUGGUCGCCAUUUUGGUGGACGAGCAGACGCUAGGAAGAUGAUGGAGGAGGUAAAUGAUGAGCAGCCAGAAAUAGUUACCCAUGAAGAGGUGGCACUGGCAGAGAGAGAAGCAAUGCAAACAUCUACUGCUACUCCCAGAAAAGAUCAGAGAAGCACACCUAGCAUUCCAGCUCCUUCUCCAUUGCCAUCAUUCUUUGCAUCUCAUGGGGCCAUCUCAGCGGAAGUUUCAAGUCCAGUUUCCGGAAAUUCUGGCAGCCCUCCUCCUACUUCACCAUCCAAAUCAGAAGAAAAAGCACCAGGACUAGUAACACCUGGCAGGGGAGAAGCACCAGGUCCUAUGCAGACUCCUUUUGAAGCCAGCUCAGCCAUCCCAGUGUCUUCAGCACCUGAAAGUCAAGCCUUGCCCUCACUAGGCGCUUCUCAAGUGCGGGGCUUGUUUGAGUGGUUCUCAAACAGUAACCUGGUGCACAAAGUGGUGGAGAGGACAAGGAAUUCUGUUGAAACUGUCAUCACAACACUGGAUCCUGGCAUGAGAGAAGUCAUAAGAUCAGGCAGUGGUAUAGAAAUCAUGGUGACAUCUACAAAAGAGAACAAAGUAGCGCCAGUGAGGGAGGCUUUCCAGGAAACAUUUAGUCGAGUUAGAGUUACAGGCGUGGAGAGCCAGUCCACAACUGCAGCACAGCCUCUUGGUUUUGCUGCCGGUCUGAAAGGCGCUGAAGAUCGUAUCAAGAGCUUGCGGGAAUCAAGGGCGAUUUCAGAUGACGUAACUGCAGUUUCUAUUGAAGGCUUCAUAGUGGAGAUGUUUCCAGACAGGUGGUUUGAGAUGAGUUGUCUAGUGCUGAAAGAUCCUGUUAAUCAGAUUGAACUCGAGACUUGUUCACAGCCCACACCUAUCCCCAUACAAUACAUUUUAGCUGCACAAGAUCGCACACCUGCUGAUUAUCCUUUGCGGUGGGCAGGCCUUGCUGUCACCAUUGGGCAGAUCAUUGAAGAAGAUCAGCCCCACAUUGGCCGUGCGGAUUGGCAGAAAGUCUUGUCUGGUGUGCCGCGGCGGGAUUCUCUGUAUCUUGCUGCAGCAACAUUGGCUUACAUGUACAAGCAGCGGCUUCCGACAUCUUUUAUAUCUUGAUAUUGACCGGCAUCUGUCUCCUGUAACCAUUGAUGUCUGGAUGUUUAUUGGUUGUCACAUCUCUUAGUUCCUUACCUCUUGAAACGUCUUUAUAAUCAGUUUUCUCAUUUUGGUUUUAAAAAAAUAAAUUCUUCUUUAUGAUGCUUAGGGCAGGAGAUCUAAAAAUAUCUGCUUUCAUUUCUUUGCAUCAUUAAUAUAUUUUUUAAGGUAAUGGUAUACUAACAAACACAGGUCCUAAUCUUUUUUUGUUCCCCUUUCCUCCACUCCUUAUUUUAUGGAGAGAUAGUGUAUCUAACAUCUUACAAACACCACAGUUAAUUCUACUCAGACUGCUGUCAAACAAAAUUUGUGAAACACAAUGUGGCAUUAGAGCUGUAUGAGUGAGCCUAUUUAGGAUGCAAGAUGAUUUUUAAAAAGUCUCUUUUUUUUUGGUUUUUUUUUUUGGGGGUGGGUGGGGGGGUUAUUUGUUUUUGCACAGCUGUAUAAAAAGUUUUUUCCCUUUAUUUUGCUUUGAUUUUGUGAAUUUUCUGUUGUAAUUAUAACCAGGAAUUGAUUUGGAGUCUAUAUAUAUAUAUGUAAUAUUUUUGUAUGACUUGCAGCUACAUGAUUGCGUUUUCACUGGUACAGUCUGAAUAAGCAAAGAUAUGUGCAACAUACAGGUUAAUGUGACAAGUAACAUGCUCACAUUUUAGGUGAGAGGUGUUUAAGCACAUGUACGAAAGGCUGAGUAAAUGUUUUUGAAACAUUUCUUCCAUGCCACAAACAAGUUUUGAAGCAGGUCACUAGCACUGAAACUUACAACUACGGACUGAGAAGGUGAGCAGGCAGGUAGAUUAUUGCCACUUGUGUUGCAAGUCUAUACUGAGAUUGAGAGCUCUUUGUGUCUCAAAUUGUAAAUUAAUUUUAAUUUCCCAUUUUUUUUAGACACUGGCUUAAAUUUCAACCCAUCAUCCCCUACUUAUUUUCCAGAUUAUUAUUCUGAGACCAUAAGUCUUUCAAGCUAUCUUUUGUUUCUGUAUAACAUUGUUAUGUAUGCAUGUUUUUUUGCACUCAAAGGAGGUUGUAAAAAAUCUCUCUAAGUGAAUUAGUUUUGACAGAAAGACUCUGUUAUGUAUCUGAUAUGCCUUCAUGUAUUUGACUUUCUAUGCCAGAAUUACCAAGGUGGUAAUUUUGUAAAUGUUUUGUAUCAUAGAACUUGUGUACAAUAGGGGAGAAAAUGCAGUUCAUGAAUAGAAUUUUGUGUUUAGUUUUAUAAUUUUUAUUUUUUCGGGAGUUCAGAAGCAUUAAGUCUACCCUUUCCCUUUCCUGUAGUUAUAAACAGCAGAUGUGUGCAGUAUGCAUUGAUUAUUUGAGAAAAUUUUGUAUGGAAUAUCUGUACAAAAUAGGUUUAUUAAAAAAAAAAGGGUUUUAUUUGAAUACAUUUGUUCAUAAGCAUAGAUCAUUGUAUCAGUUGGGUUGUGUAAAAAUAUUUUUUUGUUGUAGCUUAUAGAACAUGAUUAUUUCAUAGCUGCCCUUAUGGAUUUACCGUGCGCUGGUGAAGCAAAGACCAUGCCACUUUCACUCAUCACUUUGCAGCUUGUAGGAGAUGUAGUAAUCUUACUGCUUGUUUAUUUGGGGCAUAUGUUUACUUGUAAAAUACAUCAUUAUAAUAUAUAUAAAGAUGCAUUUUUUGCUGCAUAUUUAGCAAGGAUUAGGAGUGAAAUAUUGACCACCAUGACAUCAUAAAAGACAAAUUCUCCUGCUUGAGC